AUGGCAUCAUUAACACGCUUUUCAUUAACAUCAUCAUCGGCAUUAUGUCGUUUAUUAAUUAAUCGCAAUGCUGGUCUUAUUCAACAACAUUUACCUUCAAUGAUUAUUCCGUCCGCUGCACAACAACGAUCAAUUGCUACUACACCUAUUCGUCGUGAUAUUGAUUCAGCAGCUAAAUAUAUUGGAGCUGGUGCUGCAACUGUUGGUGUUGCUGGUGCUGGUGCCGGUAUUGGUACAGUAUUCGGUUCACUUGUUGUCGCCUAUGCAAGAAAUCCAAGUUUAAAACAACAACUCUUCUCAUAUGCCAUUUUGGGUUUCGCUCUGUCCGAGGCUAUGGGUCUCUUCUAAUUUUAUGAAAGACUAUGGAUAAAAUCUAAAGCUUUCUUUGAUAAUAAACCAACAGACGAAUUUAAAUAUAUUAGUUCGAUUAAUAAACAAAAUCUUAAUGAUAAUCCUAUUCAAGAUAAUAAUAUUGAUCAUGAUGAAGAUAAUCAAAAAUUGAAUGAUUUAGAAAAUGACAAAGAUCAACAAAGUUUUUUAACUGCAACAUUAUCAAAUUCAAUUGAAAAUACUCAAGAUCAAAUUGAAUUUUCAUCAGAUGUUUCUCAAUAUGAUAUUCGAUAUAAUCUAUCAAUUUCACAACCUGGUUAUUAUGGACCAAUACAUACCAUUAUGAGCCAUAUAAUUAAGUCUAACAAUGAAGAUCAUAAACAAAAUUCAUUGAAAUUUUCUGAAAUUUCAAGUUCUAAGAAACAAAUUGAACAGAAAUCUAAAAAUCAUAUGAUGAUAAAAUCUCAAAUAUUCUUUGAUGCUUCUCAAACAUCAAUUGUAUCUAAUAAAUUUUCUAGAGAUGAAAUACAAGAUGAAACUAAAAUUCUUACUGAUAUUAUUGAACAAACAAAAGGUAUUCGUCAAAUGAUUGAAAUUUUACAUGAAAAUAUUUUACAAUUAAAACAAAAUUCAAAUACCCAAACCAUCGAUCAAAUAUCAAAUUUAUCAAUUGAAGAAAAAAAAAUUCUCAAAUUAGCUACAGAAAAUCUUAUUCAAACAAUUAUAUCAACUAGAAUGAAUAAAAAUACGACUAUAUUAAAACAAUCGAAAAAACAUUCUUCAAAAGAAUUAAUUAAAACUAUUCAACAUUAUGAAAAACAAAAAUCUUCUCCAUUAAUAUUCAAUGAUGAUCAUCAACAAUCAGAAGCAAAGAAAUCAAAACAAUCAUCCAUAUUAGAAAUUGAUAAUUUGAUAAAAACACAACUUCCAGAACCUAAAUGUGUUACUCUACAAACUUCAUUUGUUAUGAAUUCUAGUAUACCACAUGUACCAACGAAAGCAACUGUAAUAAACAUUAAUAAUGAUGAUGAUGAAGAAAUCGAAAACUCAUAUAAUGAUGAUAUCAUAGCAUCACAAUAUAUCAUUACUACGAAUGAACAAUUUGAAAAUAUUCCCACAAGAAAUGAACAAAAAUCAGAAAAUGAUUUAUUUUUAAAACAAGAUUCACGUAUCUACAAUGAUGAACCAGUAGACUGGAUUUCUUAUACAUCAAAACCUGAUCAUUUUCCCAAUGUUGUUACUCAAUCUGAUCUUCCGAUUGCUCAAUCAGAUGAACAACAUUCAUCAUUUAAACAAACAUUAUUUUCUCAUUUUCAUCGUGGACCAAAUUUUACUUUAACAAAUAUUCCAGCAACUUUUCAUUCUUCAUCUCUCAAUGCUACUAAUAUAAGACAAAAGAAAAUUAAUUCAUCUUGUUCCAUUUCGUAUUUACCAUUAUCAAUCAAUUCUAAUAAUAAUCCAAUAAAAUAUCAAUAUAAUACAAUUAAAGAACGACAAAAACUAGCAGAAAAAUUACUUGAUAAUAAAGAAUCAUUUAAUUAUAUUUGGAAUAAAACAUUAAAUCAUUUAAAACAGCGAAUAUUUCGAGUUCGUAAAAGUCGAAUUCUUAUUUCAUUCGAUGAUACGCAACAACAGAAAAACGCGAAUAAUGACGACAAGAAUAUUGUAGAUACAUUAGUCGAUACUGUUGUAGAAGAUAUGUCGACGGAAAUUAAUCAUGUUCGUUCUCAAUUACAUAUUAAUAGAACGAAUUCAACAUUUAUUAAUCCAUCAAAUAAUAACAAGCAAGAACUUAACGUAAUUAGAAACGGUUCAAUGAUGUCCCUUUUUCAAUCGUUUGAUUCAGUUAUUCGCGAAGGUGAAUUGUCUUUAUACAAUGAUAAACAAUAUAAAUCGCGUUGUCAAAAUGAAAAUGUAUACGAAGAUUCUGUACCAGCAAUUAGUAAUAGUUUAUACAGUGUCACGAGUCAAUUUAUUCUUUCAUAA